CAAUAAAUUGUAGAGGCCGCCAUAUGUUGCUAGAUUGCGCCGCGAGCGAGCUUUGUGGUAACGGCGGCCAUAGGUGAAGCUUGGAGUAUCAGCCAUGGUGCGGCCAUACGCAGUGAAGGGGAGGAAGCACAAGAAGAGGAAGAUGGAACAAAGAGAAGAAGCAGUAGAAGAAGAAGUGGCGCGAGGAGGAGAAGAGGAGGAGGAGGAGGUUGCGGCGGGGAACGAGAAGAAGGUGGAUGCUGUCCUGGAUGAGCUUCCCGGCAUCCCUAGCGUGGCGCCGGUAGAGAAAUCCAAGCAACCUAAUGUUAUCUUCAUACUCGAGAAGGCCUCUCUGGAGAUUGGCAAGGUUGGAAAGAAUUUUCAACUUUUGAACUCAGAUGAUCAUGGCAACUUUCUUAGAAAGCAGAACCUGAAUCCAGCUGAUUAUAGACCUGACAUUGUUCAUCAUGCUCUUCUUGCCAUAUUGGAUAGCCCCCUAACUAAAGCUGGGAGGCUGCAGGCUUUAUAUGUUAGAACAGAGAAAGGGGUCCUCUUUGAGGUUAAACCAAAUGUCCGCAUGCCCCGAACAAUCAAACGAUUUUCUGGUCUCAUGUUGCAAUUACUUCAAAAGUUGAGCAUUACCACUACAGGAUCACAUGAUAAGCUUCUCAAUGUGAUAAAGAACCCAGUUACUCGAUAUUUGCCAGUCAAUUCUCGGAUAAUAGGUCUUUCAUAUAGUUCAGAGAAGUUGGUCCAGUUGAAGGAUUAUGUUGCUGCUGCCAGUGAUGACGCUACCCUUGUCUUUGUGGUUGGUGCUAUGGCCCAUGGAAAGAUAAGCAAUGAAAACACAGAUGAUUACAUAUCAGUUUCUGGCUACCCAUUGAGUGCUGCCUGCUGCAUAAAUCGUAUUUGCACUGCACUCGAGCAGAAAUGGAAGAUCCUGUAAGUGUAAAUGCUCUUUUCACGUCAAGUUGCAAGUUGCAAUAUUUUCAAUGAGCAGGCUGUUUAGAAGGUCUUCGACUGACUUGGUUUCAUCCUUAUUAUGUGAGUGGAGAGGAACUUCAGUCUCUAUCAAUUUUUGAAGUAUAAUCACUUUAGCAUAUCAUAAGUUUAGCAUAAGAAUCUAGAUUGAUAUGAGGGAGAUUUGUGUUGUAUUUGAAUGCUCUUAUUUAAUGUUUGCUGAAACUGGUGGCUUAAUCAAGUUUACCAAGUGUAGCCCACGGACAAUCCUUUUCUGGCUGGUCUCAUGUGAAGAUUAAACCAUGGUGCUUUUUUAUUUUAGUAAAAUCAUGGGCAGUAAAUAUUGAACCCCUUUUUUUU